UUAGGUUGCUGCUGGGAGGAAUUCGUCAGGCUGUUCAGCCAACACAUUACGGUGUAGAUUGUGCUGCUUCUUGUUGUCUUCCACGUAACGCUCUCUCCUCGGGUCGUCCUAUCGCACUAGCUGCUGUUUCCAUAAUAGUUUCCCAUUAGCACGCGCUUCUGGUCAACAGCCUUGUUGACCACCGUCAGCGGCGUCGUUCUUAGUCACCUGACCACUGCUCGUCACGGCUGUCGUUUUGCUCGAAAUAGACACAGCUGAGCAUAUUCGAAGGCAGCUUCUCGCUGCUGUAGGACUGACAGGUCAGAUCUCUCAUUGGUUCUGACAGAGGUACUUCUUCCGCGACGAGCCAUGGGGGUUCCCGAUGACCAAGCCUUUGGUUCUAGCGCGGCUCCGUCUUCCACUUUCUCUGGAGCCAAACAGUCCUCGAAUGGCAGCCAUAGCCGACUUAUAAUAACAGAGAUGGUUCUCGAGAAUUUCAAGUCGUACGCGGGCGUGCAGCGCGUGGGGCCGUUCCACAAGUGCUUCUCGUCGGUCGUCGGCCCCAACGGCAGCGGCAAGAGCAACGUCAUCGACGCCAUGCUCUUCGUCUUCGGGAAACGCGCGAAGCAGCUGCGACUGAACAAGGUGUCGGAGCUCAUCCACAACUCCACCGACCACCAAAAUCUCGAGUCUGCUCGCGUGUCCGUGCACUUCAAGGAGAUCGUCGAUCUGGAUGACGAGAAGUACGAGUCAGUGCCAGGGUCGGAGUUCGUUAUAUCGCGUACGGCGUACCGCAACAACACGUCCAAGUACCACGUGGACGAGCACGCGAGCACGUUCACGGAGGUGACGAGGCUGCUCAAGGCCAAGGGCGUUGACCUCGACAACAACCGCUUCCUCAUCCUGCAGGGCGAGGUGGAGCAGAUAGCGAUGAUGAAGCCCAAGGCGCAGGGGCCGCACGACGAGGGGCUGCUGGAGUACCUGGAGGACAUCAUCGGCUCCAACAAGUACAUUGAACAAAUCGACCAGGGAACCAAGCAGUUGGAGGAGCUGAACGAGCGGCGGGUGGGGCUGGUGGAGCGAGUGAAGCACGCGGAGAAGGACAAGGACACGCUGGAGGAGGCGAAGAAGGCGGCGGAGGCCUUCAUGGUGAAGGAGGCGCAGUGCGCGCAGUGGGGCAUGGUGGGGCGGCGCCUCGCGCUGAGGGACUCGCAGGGCAAGGCGAGCGCGCUGGGGGGCAAGGUGGCGGAGCUUGAGGGGGCGCUGGAGGCGGAGAAGGAGAAGUGCUCAGGGCUGCGCGAGGAGCUGCAGCACAAGACAGACGCGUGCGAGAAGUGCAACACGGAGUACGAGGCGCUGUGCGGCGAGCUGGAGGCAGCGCGGGCGGACUUCAAGGAGUACGAGCGCAAGGACGUGAAGAUGCGCGAGGAUCUCAAGCACGGCAAGGCCAAGCUCAAGAAGCUCGCGGAUAAGAUCGGCAAGGACACAGCCAAGGCGGAGGAGCUCGAGAAGGCAGCUGCAGAGGCGGAGGCAGCCGUCCCUGAGCUGGAGAAGAAGGCAGCAGCGCUGGCACCGCGGCUGGCAGAGGCGGAGAAGAAGCUGGAGGCGAUCCAAGAGAGGGUGCGAGUGGAGGUGGAGCAGCAGCAGCAGCAGCUGGGCCCGCUGCAGGAGCAGCUGGCGCCGUGGGAGGCGAAGGCGAGCGACGCCAAGGCCAAGGCGGACGUCACGCGCACCAAGCUCAGCCUCAUCCGCGACAAGCACGUGGCAGCGGCGAAGCAGCUGGAGGCGGUGCAGCAGGCGAUAGAGGAGCGCGAGGCGGGGCGGCAGCAGAAGCAGGAGCAGCUGAAGCGGAUGGAGGCGGCAGUGCGGGAGAGCGAGCAGGUGGCGGCAGCCAGCGGCAAGGAGGAAGAGGCAAAGGCGGAGGAGGAGGCAGCAGCGCGGGCUGAGGCGGAGGCGGCGCAGGGGCGGGCGGCGGAGCUGAGGGAGGCGGCAGCAGCGCAGCGCAGCAGCAGCGCCAUCCUCACAGCGCUCAUGCAGGCGAAGCGCGAUGGCAGCAUCCCGGGGAUCUAUGGGCGCAUGGGCGACCUGGGCGCCAUCGACGCCAAGUACGACAUUGCGAUAUCAACGGCAUGUGGAGCCCUGGAGUACAUAGUGGUGGACAGCAUCGAGACGGCGCAGGCGUGCACGGAGAUGCUGAGGGACAGGCAGCUCGGCGUGCAGACCUUCCUGGCUCUGGACAAGCAGCAGCACUUGGUCCGGGAAAUGUCUGAGAAGGUUCGCACGCCGGAGGGGGUCCCGCGGCUGUUCGACCUGGUGCAGGUGCAGGACCCCCGCCUGCUGCCCGCCUUCUACUUCGCCCUGCGCAACACCGUCGUCGCAGAGAACCUCGACCAGGGCGCGCGCAUCGCGUAUGGCUCGGAUGGCCGGUUCAGGCGAGUCGUCACUCUCAGCGGGGAGAUGUUCGAAGCCAGUGGCACCAUGGCGGGCGGAGGGGGCCGCCCACGAGGGGGCCGGAUGGGGAGCUCGCUGAAAGCAGCGGCGGCGGCGGCAGGGGGGGGAGUGACGCGGGAGAUGGUGGAGGAGGCGGAGAGGGAGGUGGAGCAGGCGGUGGGGCGGCUGGAGAGAGUGCGGGAGGAGAGGAGGGCGGCUGUGGGGAGGAGGGAGGAGGCGGAGAGGGUGUUGAGGCGGCUGGGGAUGGACAUUCCCAAGGUUCAGAUGGAGAUCGAGUCGCUGGCAGCGCAGGUGGUGGAGCUGAGGCAGCGAGUGGAGGGGCUGCGGGCGGCAGCAGUGGCGAGCGAGGAGGAGCAGGCGCAGAUGGGCGCGCUGCAGGGGCAGCUGGAGGGCGAGGAGGGCGCGCUGGCGGGCAUUCAGGAGGAGAUGGCGCCGCUGGUGGCGCAGGUGACCCGCUUGCAGCAGCUGAUAGAGGCAGCGGGGAGGGAGGCGCUGGGGGAGCAGAAGGACCACGUGGCUGCCAUCCAGAAGGCCAUCGACGAGGCGCAGACGGGCAUCAACAAGAGCAGGGCAACUGUCACCUCUAGCACUCGGGCCGUGGAGAAGCUGAGGAAGGCGCUGGGGGAGGCGGAGGCGGAGAAGGAGAGCGCGGAGGAGGAGAUGGGGCGGAAGCGCGAGGAGAUGAACGCCGUAAUGCAAGAGGCGUUCACCGUCAACGAGAACUACGAGCGCCUUCGACAGCUGGUGGAGGGGAAGAAGGAGGAGUAUGGCGGCAUGAAGAAGGAGUUCACGGCCAUCAAGAGCCAGCUCGACAAGAUGCGCACAGGGGAGGUGGAGGUGGAGCUGAAGCUGGAAGAUUCCAAGAAGGCGCUGAGGAUGAGUCACGAGACAGCUCGCCUGCAGAGGGAGAAGCUGAAGUCGCUGGGAGCACAGCUGAGGCAGCAGAUCGCACAGAUGCGAGUGGAGGGCAUAGCAGAGGAGGACGUGGAGGCAGCAGGGCUGCCGUGGGACCUGGGGGACGAGGGGCAGGCGAGGCACAGCAGGGCCACAAGGGCAGCUGCAGGAGGGGGAGGAGGAGAGGGUGAGGAGAUGGAGGAGGACGAAGGUGAAGGGCAAGGGGAGGGAGGUGAGGGUGAGGUGGAGGCGGGGUUGGAGAAGCUGGUGGGUCGCCUGUGUGGUAACCUUGUCCGUGAGGUCACCAGUCGCGAGGAGGCGGCGGCAGGGGAGCAACGGCUGCGGGCAGAGCUUGAGACACUCAAGGGCAACCUCAACCUCAGCUCCAUUGCGGAGUACCGCAAGAAGGAAGCCGUGUACUCAGAGCGGCUGGGCGAGCUGGAGGCGGUGACGGCAGAGCGGGACACGGUGAGGCAGGCGCACGAGGAGGUGAAGCGGCGGCGCCUGGACGAGUUCAUGGCGGGGUUCGAUGUGAUCACGAUGCGCCUCAAGGAGAUGUACCAGAUGAUCACGCUGGGCGGCGAUGCUGAGCUGGAGCUGGUGGACUCGCUGGACCCGUUCAGCGAGGGCAUUGUGUUCUCCGUGCGCCCGCCCAAGAAGAGCUGGAAGAACAUCUGCAACCUCUCGGGCGGCGAGAAGACCCUGAGCUCCCUGGCGCUGGUGUUCGCCCUGCACCACUACAAGCCCACGCCGCUCUAUGUCAUGGACGAGAUUGAUGCUGCUCUCGACUUCAAGAACGUGUCCAUAGUGGCGCAUUACAUCAAGGAGCGCACCAAGAACGCACAGUUUGUCAUCAUCAGUCUGCGCAACAACAUGUUCGAGUUAGCUGACCAUCUGGUGGGGAUAUACAAGACACACAACUGCACCAAGAGCAUCACCAUCAACCCACGCAGUUUUGCUGUCUCAGCUGCUCCUGCGGCUGCUGCUCCAUCAUGCUAAAGGAGAUGCGUCAAUCAUCAGACGGAUAAGACUGCUGUUUCUAAAAAAAAAAAAAGUAAAAAAGUUUCCUGAAGGCUCGUCAGCUAUUGCGGCCUAAAUGUAUAAAUGGGUUAUAAUACU